AUGGAUGAAGAAGGCGCAGCAAUCCGUCUAGUUCCCAUGGUGCAAUUGCGGGAGGCUGUCGAUAGGGAUGAUGACUGGACUGGCUUGACAGACUUAAAAGCGAGGAAGAAGCGGCAGAAUCGGUUGCAUCAAAGAGCGCACCGACGACGGAAGGCACUUCAAACCCAACCAGGUGCUCUAGGGCAAGGCAGCCAGCCACCGUACGCCCAAUUUGUACCUGAGAUUUCAAUUCACGAAGUGUCGCAACAAACAUCGAACCGAACUAGUCAGUUGGUAUCGAGUACCAGCCGGUAUUGGGGCGAGUCGGGCGACACAUUGGCAAACUCGGCACAAUCGCUAUUACAAGCACUCGAUACCCAAAAUUACUCUGUACCAUUACCAACACCCCAGGAACCAGCCACUAACGACCUCACUCUUAUUCCAACAUUCAAACUGCAUAAAACAAUACCGCCGGUGCUACCCUACAUCACCCCAGAAACAGCCCAUCUCCCAGUCCCACCUAUCAUAUUUCCUCUAGCUCCCGACCACCGUCUUCUCAUCUUGAUUCAGUACAAUGUGCUUCGCGCCACCCUCAUCAACAUGUCCAUCCUUUCCCUCGAGCAUCAUGUCUCCUUCGAUUGCAGCGCGGCCUUCACCGUCCCAUAUCCUAGAUCGCCACACCCAAGCAUCCCGCUUUCCCUCCUUCCGACCCCUCUCCAACAAUCCAUACCACAUGAACCAUGGGUAGACCUCAUCCCCAUACGCGGCAUGCGGGAUAAUGUCCUCCUGAACUACGGAACCUUUGAUGAGGAUGAUUUAUGUACGGAUCUGGUUGGGGGGUUAUAUGAGGGGUUCAAUGAUGUAGAAAAUAGAGGGAUUGUUAUUUGGGGAGAACCGUGGUCUGAGGACGGCUGGGAGGUCAGUGAGGGAUUUGCGGCUAAGUGGGGUUUUUUGCUGAAGGGCUGUCAGGCAUUGGCUGAGGCUACCAAUCGGUUUAGAGAGGAGAGGGGGGAUGAUAGGUUGGUGUUGGAGGUAUGA